GCUUCUCACCUGAGUGAGUCCACACCUGCCCACGUGCCGCCCCACACUUACCAGUUAUUACAACACUGCUCACCUUCUGUCUUCCCGAUAUCACGCAACGAUUUAAGGUCAUGACUGAGAAAUAUCUGGUGCGCCCAUCCGUGCUGACCAAUUCAUUUAUCCGCACGUGUGAAAUAUAGAAAUAGAAAUAUAAGAUGCGACUAUAAAGUUGUUACAUUUAGUUGUGGUGGUGGAAAUGAGGAGUGUGUGGGCACGUGACGCUGUGCCGGAGGGCUGAGAGAUGCGCCACUGUUCCACAUCACUCUGUUGUGUUCUCAAGUGCUCGCUCCUGGAAAUAAGAUGAAGCCAAGUUCUCUGGAGAAGGUAUACGGGCAGUUCGUCCAGCGCUCCAUAGACCAGUACAAGGACCCGCGGCUGGAUAUAUUGGUUAAGUUCCGCAACACGAGUGUGGCAGCGCUCUCCCGCCGCCCCAACCAAGAUGUCUGCCCGCCCACGGAGACCAGCGAGGUGGGGGACACCCCCGACAGUCCUCCGGGCGUCUCCAGCAUCAAUCCCUCAGUCCCUAGGCGACCUGUCGUCCCCCGGGCCACAACCAGCACUCGGGGGGCGCUCUCUCUCAGGCGCGGGCCGGCACUCAGAAGCACCACUCGGUCGAGACCCACGAAGGACGUCCAUAGUAAAUCUCUUAUUAUAAAACAGGACAGAGUUUCUUGUCGGAAAAGGUCUUCUAGUUUAUCCGGGUCACCACAGGGAAGCUGCAACAGGCUGCCAGGACCCCGCCGCCCUGACCGCACCUUCAGACACCAGAUACCAGCUGGUAUGGUCAGUACGCCAAAGCUAGGCACUCCACCGCGUGCUUCAGUUCUCACCAGGACAAGUGCUACUCCGUCCACGAGUACUCCACUGAGUGGAAGUUCAAUCGCCACUAGGAGAAGGAUCUCAGGAAGUAAUGGCAGUGCAAAGAACAGUCCAAGCAGUAAGAAGUUUUCUAGUAGAGCCGAUGAUCGCAAACAGCGCAGUGUGAUAGACAAGAUAUCAAGCCCGGCAUGCAAGACGGAGAUAAGACGGUUGGUCACCACAUCUACCUCAUCCUCUGUCUCCAAACCUAGUGGCGGCGCUUCUAGUCUCAACAUCAAACGUUCACCCACCAAAAGGAACCAGUCAGUAUCGUUGAAGUGUCCAGUAUCGCACACGUGGACGAGCAAUCAAUCCCUAGAUAAGAGUCUUACUGCAAGUGUUCACAGAAAAAGAGCAGCCUUCAAGAAUCGUCAUAUGGGCAACACCGGUCAGCUAUCAGAAGGACGUGGCACCAGUAAAUUUGGGUCCUCGCGGGAACUUGGUGCCAUCAGCAGAAAAAAUAGUGUCGAUAAUACCGCUCCACGAGACAUUGGCAUGAUGGAAGAACACACACUAAAAACCCGACCGUCGCAAGGCAGGUCUCGAGGCUUAGGCUCUGUGGGAACACCUUCGAGACAACGGUCAACAGGAAGUAAUGUAUCGAGCAAGAAAUCUAAUGAAAAGUGUAUUGAAAGCGCCAAGAUGCACACCGUUCCCAAGAGCACCCUGAAGAGAGGUGACAGCAGGAUCAGUCCUGGUGAUCACUACACCCCCGGCAGCAACAGUCCUGGUGGUCACUACACCCCCGGCAGCAACAGUCCUGGUGGUCACUACACCCCCGGCAGCAACAGUCCUGGUGAUCACUACACCCCCGGCAGCAACAGUCCUGGUGGUCACUACACCCCCGGCAGCAACAGUCCUGGUGAUCACUACACCCCCGGCACCAACAGGAGGAGCACCAGUCACACGGACCGCAGUGCAUGCGUCCUGCUGGAGUCAUGCGAGCUGCCAGUCAUCCCAGGCUGA